AUUAACAUAAUCAUAUUCAUACUUACCCUUUCAUUAACCCUAAGCAUCGUCCUAACUACACUAAAUUUUUGACUAGCCCAAAUAAACCCCGACUCGGAAAAACUAUCCCCCUACGAAUGUGGAUUCGACCCACUAGGAUCUGCCCGUCUACCAUUCUCAAUUCGAUUCUUCCUAGUAGCCAUCCUAUUCCUUCUAUUCGACCUAGAGAUUGCCCUCCUCCUACCCCUCCCCUGAGCCAUUCAACUCCAAUCCCCCAUCCUCACCUUCACCUGAACUUCUACUCUCAUCAUCAUCCUCACCCUAGGACUAGUCUAUGAAUGAACCCAAGGAGGACUAGAAUGAGCAGAAUAA